AAGUCAAGGAAUAGAGAUUUUAGUGCCUUUAUAUGAUCAGGAGAGCCCCAAAUGCCGUUUUGUGCCUUCCACACCAAAUACAGUGCAAUAAUAUAAAAAAUACACACUACAAACAAAGAAGGGUGCAGUUUCUCUUCUGUCGAGGAUUUUUAAAGCAAGUUUUGAGAGUUAGAGACAAAAGAGACACAGAGAGAAUAAAGUAAUUGUGUGCUUGGUGGGCAAGAUGCCCUUCCCAUUGUGGAGUCUGGUGCACGGCGCAGCUUUGGAUGUCGGCAUGUAGAUGGGGAAAAAACAGCCUCGUCUGUGUGCAGCUCAUUCGACAGGCUGCUAAGAGGAUGCGCCAUAGGUAAAACUUAAUUUUGAUUCAAAGCUGUGAUUUGGGCCUCGUUGUUCCAUAUUUCAUCUUUUGUAUGAGGGAGAAAUGAUCAGCACAUAUAUGUCAUAGAGGAAGAAGCAUCGAUCAGUAUUCACUUCGAGUCGAAUGAGAGACUGUCUGCAUCAUUGGUCCAUACCUACUGCACAUGUGGUCAUUUGAAAAAGCAAAGUGGCCAACAUCCAUGUCGCAGACUGACCACUGAAGCUGUCACAGGGUCAUCGUCGUGAACUGAAGUCAUGGCACUAGUGGCAAGAGCCUUGACGGUGCUGUUGCUCGCCGACAUUGCUCACGGUCAGCUUGCCAGAGGAUUUUAUCUCUCGUCUUCCAAGGAAAUUAUUCACUCCGGCGACGAAGUCAUUCUCCGGUGCCAGAAGACCUCCAGAGACAGCUUGGAUUCUGAAAGUCUUGUAUUUCCAAACGACAAAAAGAUCGUCUGGGAACGCAACAACCAGCCCCUAUUUUCCACACAGACGAACAAUGGUCAGUGCCGCGUGCAACCCGAGAGUGGUCUGGACAGGGACAUCGUGACCGAUGGUGACCUCAAGUCCGUCACGUGCAAGCAGGAAGACGCGACCACUGUCAGCUUGAACAUUUCUAAAUUGACUGUCACCCCGGCUGGUGACCGGUGGGUCUGUUCCAAGUUCCCCUUCCUGGAGAGCAACCACGUGACACUCUCGAACUUCGUUGCUGUAACCGAUGUGACCUUAUCAUUGAUCGACCAUUUCCCCGAUACCGAUACUCCUGACCAGCUGAUGACGCUGCUGUGCCAGACCUCGCCGUCAAAUCCAGAAGCUUCUGUGACCUGGCGCUUCCUCACCCGGGAUGGCAAGCCACUGGCUUUACCUGGGCAGUCACGCAGGGUGUCACGCGCGGAGGGGCCCGGCCGAGUGACGGUGAUCAGCCAGCUAUCGGUGCCCCCUGACCCCAAAUACGAAGACGUCGCGGUCAAGUGUGAGGCAACGAACGAGAGGGCCAGAAACGUAUCGUCCAACGAACUAAGGCUGACCGUUAGACGUGCCCCCCGUAUCUUGCUGUCGGUCGUCCCUUCCAAUGACGUUGUCGAGGGCACAGACGUGACUUUGACCUGCAAUGCCCGCGGCUACCCGUGGCCGCAAGUUCAGUGGCGAAAAAAAGGUGGCUACCUACCCAGCGGCCUCCUCGAGGCACAGGAACGCACCAUAACUGUGACGAAUGCCAGAGUUGACGAUAGCGGAGAGUUCACCUGCACGGCAUCUAAUGGGGUUCCUCAGAACGCCAGCAACUCUAUCUUACUCCAGGUCAAAGAACGUACGACUACAACUACAACAACCACAACCACCACUACCACACCUACUAUAACCAUCACAACCACCACAACCACCACAGUACCACUCACAGAAGCACGGGAAAGUGAGAGCAGCGCCUUCAGCAAGAACGGAAGUGACAACAGCGGCAGCGAUGCCGGUGCAGUUGCAGGUGGCGUCGUCGGGUCUUUGAUCAUCGUGGCAGUUGUAGUUCUUGCAGUGUUGUGGCUUUUAUAUAAAAAGAAGAGGAAGAAUUCACUGUCAUCACCAAGAUCGAGUGAUGCUCUGUUUUCUUCUUCAAACGCAAGCAGAUCCACGACCUCGCCCAAGUCUGCUGUCUACGCCUCGAUGUCAUCGCAGAGACCCUUUAUCAUACACCCGUCUCUCAUGACGGAUUCCUUACCUCAGUACCUGGAACUUCCCCCGGCUCCCAGUCCUCCUGGUGACCGCACCAACAGGGGAUACGGACUGUCUACGAAAGAGAACGGUUCGGGCAACGGGCGCCCUUUGCCUGCCGCGCCUACAACCUACGACGAGUCACGAAACACCUGGGAUUCCGGAUAUGACGAAAUUCGUGACGUCGAUCGCAAGUUGAGCAGAACCAUUUCGCUGGACGGCUACGAGGUGCCGCACGUGCUGGAAGAAGAUGAGGACGAGGACGAGGAGUGCAUCUACGACGUGGCGCGGCCUGAGUUAUCUGCCCCCUCCCGCGAACAGUCCGUCAAGCACGUGUACAAGAACGAACAGUCUUGCCACACUCAGCUGUAAUCAUGACAGGAUGAUGUCUACAAGAACGAACGGUCUUGCCACACGCAGCUGUAGACAUGACAGGAUGAUGUCUACGUACAUCUAAAGACACGCCAGUAAACAACAACGAAUCAGCAAGUUUCAAGAUGCACAUUUAUAAACACGUGGCACAGAAUCAUGUGUACAAGAACAAACACUUUUGUCAUAUUCAUGUCAAGCACUCGUGUCUCCUAGAGCGAACACUUUUGUCAUGCGCAACUGUACAGACAUUACAAGCAAUCAACACUUGAUUAAACUUUGUUUACCUGAUACUAAUAAACAAAUAAAAAUUA